CAGAAGAAGAAGGAGGAGUUUACUCGUUGAAUGACAGUAGAGCAAAGUUUACAGUUUUAUAGUUAGUUUGUGUGCUUUGGAACAACUUGCCAUCCUCUGGAGUACAGCAGCACCCUUUCUAACACCAGCCUGACAGCUUCGGCCUGUAAAAAUGAGGGACCGGACGAAAGAAUUAGGAAAUAAUCCGGACGCUUCAGAUGAGGAUGAUGAAGUCAAAGCUCUGAUGAUCAAACCUGGAACCUCUUCAGCCAAAGAGGAGAAGGAAAAUGAGGCUUUCCUUAAAAAGAUGCAAGAAAUUCACGAGGGCUUGAACAACCUGAAGCGGCUGGUGUCUGACCUGGAGAACAAGCAGAAAACGGUGCUGGGUGUGGCGCUUCCAGAGGAGAGUAUGAAGAAAGAGCUUCAGACUCUUCGAGACGAGAUCAAAACGUUGGCAACACAGACCCAGAGGAAGCUUAAGAGUAUCGAACCGAAGAAGACCGACGAUGAUGGAAAAUAUGUAUCCAUAAACAUUCGCAUGCAGCGGACCCAGCACGGCGUCCUGCUGAAGGAGUUUGUGGAGCUGAUGGGUAAAUGUAACACCAUCCAGGCUCAGUACAGAGACCGUAACGUGGAGAGGAUACAGAGGCAGCUCAAAAUCACUGGGAACAAUGUGACUGACGAGGAGCUGGAUAGGAUGCUGGAGAGCGGCGCGACGGAUGUUUUCACACAAAAUAUCCUGACUGAUGCUAAAGUGACAAAGCAGGCUCUAAACGAGAUUGAAUCCCGGCACGACGAGAUCCUGAAGCUAGAGAGGAGCAUCAGAGACCUGCAUGACAUGUUCCAGUACCUCGCCAUGGAGGUUGAGGCUCAGGGAGAAAUGGUCAACAGGAUUGAAAAUAACAUCAAACAGUCAACAAACUAUGUGGAGAAAGCCGUAGACAACACACAGAAAGCAGUAACAUAUCAACAGAAAGCACGAAAGAAGAAGAUCUGGAUUGCGGUGUGUUUGGCCAUCCUCAUCCUCAUCUUAGUCAUCUCCUUGGUCUCUGCCUUUGGCUCCUAACACACCAGGCAGCGUGAGUCAUCAUAUCGGGGUCGAGAGAGGAAGCACGUUCUGGUUGCAUGUAAAUAUUUCAGCCCACUGAUGAACAAACGGGUGAAUUCUGUCUGUAAUCGCCCUCUGAGUUAAAUCUUUUGGUCACAUUUCAAACACUCUUAGCCCUCCUUCUGUCCAAACAGCCUUCUGUCAUGUUUUUGUUUCAUUCUUGAGAAAAAGAGAUCCACUCUCCCUCCUGCAUUACUGUCCCCGUUCAUACGGUAGUACUGCUGGUUUUUGGACCACCCCCCCCCUCGCCCCUCAGUUUCAGGUCUUCAACACAAACACCAGGCUGAUUUUGAGCUGUUACAUCAGCGCCUCCUCCCCGCCUUAAAAACAGAAAAAGAGGAAGUAAAGUGUCCUUGAGUGAAGCACAAAGCAGUAUUUCGACCCACACCGGCGCUGGUCAUACUGUACUCAGGAAAACGUGCGGUGACUUUUGUUACGUUGUUGUUUCUGGAAGAUUUGACACCUUAACGACAACUGUAAUAAAUUAGGGAUUUCUUUUUUUAGUAAAUAGUGGAGUAAUAUAAUUGUACAUAACCUUUAAUGUUUAAGACAUUCUUUAUGCAGAUUUUUAAGACUUGAAACUGCCUUCCUGUAACAAGUGUAAAUACAUAUUUUUGUGUGUAUUAGCAGCUCCCCCCUCCUUCAUUUUAAAGUUUUAUUUUACAAAAGUGUCUCAACACUGCAUUAAACGGCCCAAGGCCUUAAUUUUUAUUUGUCCUACCAGUUUGUAUUUAUGUUUUGUUGUGUAAGCUGCUACAGGAAACACAUAAUGAAAUCUUUUCUUCAGCACGGUGCCUUCUCGUCUGUGUUCAGCUGAAGAUGGGAACGUCAUGUUGUGCACUAACUUUGUCAAGAAGGGAUGGAGUGAGUUUUUAUUCUCGUUGGUAGGUGUUUGAAUUCACAGCAGUGUUCGAGCUGAGAGUCGCCUCGGUUUAUCAUAAUAUACUCUGAAAUAUAGCGCCACCUUUUCUUUAACCGUUUGUCAGACUGUGAUACUGUGACUGGUCACUUUGUGUGACGAUUGUCCUCUAAAUGAAUCAUCGGUCUAAAAACCAGUAAAUAAGUUCUUCCAAGUCACUUUAAGUCCAGAGUUAUGGGUUAAAUAUCCUGUUAUAGGACUGAAGCUAAAAGAUAUUGAGUUCAAAAUGUUUGAUAAACAGAAACCAGGACAUUUUUGCACAGUAUCAAGGCAGAGGACUGAAUUUUACACCAUUUUGACUUUAAAAAUACUUUGAUGAUGAACCAGUUAUCAAAAUAAUUGAUUAUUCCUCUGCUCAUGAGUGGAUUUCUCCUGGAGACAAGUGGUGGCUGCUUUGCAACACAGUGUGACAAACCUGUUUCAGAAAAAUCAAACUAUGUCCUGUAUUCAUUCACAUCUCCAUUGGAAAAUAAAGUUUAACUGAGAGCAGAGCUCUGACUCUGCUGCUGUUGAAUUUGCAUCUGUCAUUUUAUUGAAUAUAGAUGUUUUUAAAAUAAAAUACUGCUUGUUAUA